GUUGCCGGUAUUUCGUUCUUGUGUCGUGACGUCUUGCUAACGUAGCACUGUAAAAAUGGAGCACCUGAAAGCUCUCGGACUAAGUGAGCAGAAAAUAAAGGAAACUCUGAAAAACGCUGCACUUACUGCAACGAUUACACGGGCGUUUUCCUUCACACCAGGUGAUGUGGAAUUGAGUGCGCCGCAAAAAGCACUGCUUUUCCAAGCGUGCUCCAAAAUAAAACCCCAAAGUGCACAAUUUUUGGAGUUGUUGGUUCGUAAAAUCGUAGACAAAAGUCUUGAUACUAGCCUACGGGUCGACACCGCACUGGAGUAUGUGCUAGCAAAUGCCACGAAACCAACGUUCGAUGAGGCUGCGUUUGAUGCGGCAUGCGGUGUGGGUAUCACGGUGACACCUGAGGAAAUUGAAAAGGCGGUCGAAAUAACGAUUAGCAAGUACCGGGACGACAUCGUCCAGAAUCGCUAUCGCUUCAAUGUAGGCAAGCUACUUACGGAACUCCGUGCUGCACUUCCUUGGGUGGACGGAAAGGCCCUCAAAAGUGAAGUGGAUGUGCAAAUUUUCGACUUGCUAGGCCCUAAAACGGAGGCUGACGAUGAGCAGGCUGGCAAAAAACGUCGAGAAAAGCCGGCUUCCACUGCACCUCCAUCUGAAGCUACGCCUAAAGCCACGGUAAACUCCAUACAGGAAGGUCCUCGAACGAUGGUUGAUCUGAUGCGAAAUGUAGACUUCCAUCGCCCUGGAGAAAACUUCAAAACGGAUGGCUACGUGGUAACCUCGGAAACAGAACGUCUGCUGAAGGAACAUCUGCAGCGCACAGGUGGUAAAGUGCGUACACGUUUCCCACCGGAACCGAAUGGCAUCCUGCAUAUCGGCCAUGCGAAAGCAAUCAAUAUAAACUUUGCGUACGCAGCAGCGAAUGAUGGAGUAUGCUUCCUACGUUACGACGAUACCAAUCCGGAGAAAGAGGAAGAGAAGUUCGUUUUGGGCAUUCGUGACAUCGUGAACUGGCUGGGGUACAAGCCGUUCAAAGUGACCUACUCGUCCGACUACUUCCAGCAACUGUACGAGUUCGCUGUUAAGCUGAUCAAGAAGGAUAUGGCGUAUGUUUGCCACCAGACAGCAGAACAGAUGAAGGGAUUCACGACUGAGCCUUCGAGAUGGCGUGAUCGCCCUGUCGCAGAAAGCCUACAGCUGUUCGAGGAUAUGAAGAAUGGGAAAAUCGAUGAAGGUGCGGCUACGCUUCGCAUGAAAAUUACACUCGAGGAAGGAAAAAUGGAUCCAGUGGCUUACCGAAUUAAAUUCAUACCGCACCAUCGCACCGGGACGCAAUGGUGUAUCUAUCCAACGUACGAUUACACGCACUGCUUGUGCGACAGCUUAGAGGACAUCACCCAUUCCUUGUGCACGAAGGAAUUUCAAUCACGACGUUCAUCUUAUUACUGGCUCUGUAACGCACUUGAUAUCUACUGCCCUGUUCAAUGGGAAUAUGCACGUCUGAAUGUGAACUACACCGUUGUUUCAAAAAGAAAAAUCAACAAACUCAUUACCGAAAACAUCGUCAACGAUUGGGAUGAUCCACGACUGUUCACAUUAUCCGCACUGCGUCGUAAAGGCUACCCAGCAGAGGCCGUCAACAACUUUUGCGCCCAAAUGGGGCUAACUGGGGCCCAAACCUCAAUAGAUCCGGCUGCUUUGGAAGCCUCCGUACGGGAUGUGCUGAAUGUGACGGCCCCGCGUACCAUGGCAGUGUUAGAACCGAUCAAAAUCACCAUCACCAAUUAUCCGCACGACGGACCCGUGAAGCUGCCAGUGGCAGACUUCCCAAAUGCCCCCGAGAAAGGAACACACGAGGUAUGGUUCGAUCGCGUGGUCUACAUCGAGCGGUCGGAUUUCAUGGAAAACGCCGACAAAUCGUUCCGUCGGCUCACUCCAGGACAAACGGUUGGUCUUAAGUACACUGGAUUCAUGCUGCGAGUCGAAAGUAUAGUACGUUCGGUUGGAAAGCCUGCUGGAUUACCGACGGAAUUGGUGUGCCGCACCGAGCCGUGCACGAGCACCGAAAAACCGAAAGCGUAUAUCCACUGGGUCGCGAAACCGGUUCUUGCUGAGGUCCGACUGUACGAAAAACUGUUUGUACAUAAAAAUCCGGAAGAUAGCAAUGAAGUUCCAGGGGGAUUCCUAAGUGACUGUGCCACGGACACGAUGCGAUCGGUUUGUGCUUACAUCGAUGAGCAUGUUGUUGGCUGCAAGGUGUACGACAAAUUCCAGUUCGAAAGAGUUGGUUUCUUCUCGGUCGACCCGGAAAGUGCGACUGGUCAGCUAGUGUUCAAUCGCACCGUUACACUGAAGGAGGAUGCUGGUAAAACAAACUAAUGGGGUGUGACAAUUUCGUUGAUUUAUAUUGGGAAUCAUUUGGUGAAGUUGUGCUCUCAAAAUACCCGAACAAAUUGAGUUAAGGAAGUUAUAUGCGAUAAACUGAUAAGGAUGACUUACUGGUAAAAAGGAGACAUUCCGUCUCUUUUACCGAACUUUUAGGUUUAUUGCAUACUCAACGUAUAACCUCGUUUGUAUGAGCUCCCAAUUGUAUGAUCACCCAAUAAAUAAAAAAGAAAACUC